AUGACUAGUUUGGCGCAGUCUGGACAUCAGGCCGCUCCUGCAACACCUGAGCCUCCCCUGGCCGAGCCUGAUCUGGAGCUGGAAGAGUCCCAGGCAGGGUACGACCCGAUGGAUGUGGAUCUCGAGGCAAUACCCGAGGAGGAACUAGAAGAAGACGAGGCCCCAGAAAAAGAGCCCGAAGAUGAGCAUGAAGGAGAACCAGAGGACGCACCCGAGGGUGAGCUAGAGUAUGUGCCAGAGUACGAUCCUGAGUUUGUGCCGGAGGACGAGUCGGACGAGGGGUCAGAUGAGGAGGAGCGGGUUGAGGUUCCAGCGAAGUCGGGUGAUAUAAACAACCCGAUUAAGAUUGAAGCCUCGCCGGAGUCCUCAGAGGAGCAGACAGUUCAGAGGGAUUCAGAUUCGGGUGAUAAGGAGUCGGACUCUGAGUGGACGCCAUCCAGAGGGCGUAGGGGCUAG